AUGGACUUGUGCAGUGCUUCCAUGAAACCGGAUACAGCUCUGCACAAGCUUUCGAAUGAUGCCCAGAAGAACUUUCUCGAACACCACACAUCCAUGAAAUUACCCGAACUUUCCACUCUACGGAAAACGUAUGUUCCCGAAGUUUAUGCCGACGCGAUCGAUCGCAUCCGGCAAGGAAUCGCUCGUUCGAAAAUUUGGGUCUCGAUAGAUGAGACCACCGAUAAAGCUGGACUAAGUAUCGCCAAAGUGGUCGAGGGUAAACUGGAGAGAACUCAUUUUAGUAGAAGUUAUCUCUUGGUAUGUGAACAACUUGACAAAUGCAACGCCACCACGAUCGCCCACAUUUUCGUGAAGUCCAUGAAAGUUGUUCGGAUCGGCGAUGUGCACUAUGAUCGGUUCCUAAUCUUCGUUAGCGAUGCUGCCCGUUACAUGGGGAGAGCUGCCGCCAGCUUGAAGGUUUUGUUCCCGCGAAUGAUACACGUCACCUGCCUUGCUCACGGCCAACACAGGGUAUCCGAAGAGAUCCGCGGAUUGUUUCCAAAGGUAGAUCAGCUGAUCGCAUAG